AUGGCCUCCUUCCUCGCUCAAGGCGUUGAUGCCGUCCUCGAGGCCACGGGUAUGGAUGCCGUAGAUGCUUUGCGCGCCUUCUUUCUCCUCGCCGCCGCCACGACCAUCUCCGUCAGCAUCCCCUCCUCCCUACGCUCCCGGUUCCUUGUCUAUGGACCGCGUGCGACCUCGACCGACUCUAAGCCCCAAUCCCGACCGUCAGCGGGGGGUGCCUCAAUCUCCAGGCCGCUAGACUAUCUUGCGACUUGGCGAGUACCGCACAGUUACUUCACCCAGUUCUACAUCGCUUCGGUGGUCUCCUCGGUAUUUUGGGCCAUCCAACUGCUAUGUCGCGGUACCUUAUUUGAGGCCAUCUCCUCGCGGGUAAGCGAGGAGCAUCGGGUACAGACCAUGUCUCUGACCCAAGUGCUCGUCUGCUGGAUUCUGUUGGCCAUGCAGGGUUCGCGGCGACUGUGGGAAUCAACCUCCUUCGCAAAACCCUCCACAUCCAAGAUGUGGUUCGUACACUGGCUAUUGGGAUUGGCAUUCUACCUUGCUGCUGGGAUUGCGAUCUGGAUUGAAGGAUCAGAGGCACUCAUGAACUUCAAUCUCACCCUUGACUACAUCAAAAUCACCAGAGCCCCAUCUCUCCGAACAUUCAUAUGCGUCCCGCUUUUCCUAAUGGCAUCCGGAAUGCAGCACGACUGCCAUCACUUUUUGUUCUCUCUUGAGAAAUAUACUCUCCCGGACCACCCGAUCUUCCGCGCCGUUGUAUGUCCGCACUACGGAGCCGAAUGUGUGAUCUAUCUGUCGCUAGCAUUUCUUGGUGCUCCGCGGGGCCAGUCCGUGAACAAGACCUUGCUGGCAUGCUCGGCCUUUGUGGCCGUCAAUCUUGGUCUCACUGCCCGAACAACCAAACAAUGGUAUUUGGAAAAGUUUGGCGGGGAUAAGGAUGACCUCGAGCAAAUCAAGAGUCGAUGGCUCAUGAUACCAUACAUCUACUAA